GCGCUGCUUUGGGGGCUUUGGGCGCUGGUCGGCCGGUCGGUCGUUCUAUGCUGUGGAUCGGUUUGCCCCGGCUGCAUUUAUUCGCAUUUGGCUCUUGCGUAUGUGGAGUUGCACAUCGGAGGACCAGAUCAAAAACUGAAUAGAUACAUAUAUCUGAGAGACUCGCUAUGAAUGUGGAGAAGCUGAAAAGGCUGCAGGCGCAGGUGCGCAUCGGUGGCAAGGGCACGCCCCGUCGCAAAAAGAAGGUCAUGCACCAGACGGCGGCCACCGAUGACAAGAAGCUGCAGAGCUCCUUGAAGAAGCUCUCGGUGAGCACCAUACCCGGCAUUGAGGAGGUCAACAUCAUCAAGGAUGACCUCACGGUCAUACAUUUCAACAAUCCCAAGGCUCAGGCCUCGCUCUCAGCGAACACCUUUGCCGUCACGGGUCACGGCGAAACGAAGAAAAUUGUCGAAAUGCUGCCAGAGAUUCUGCCACAGCUCGGCCAGGAGACGGUUGUGCAGCUGCGGAUGUACGCCAACUCCAUGUCCAACAAUCAAAAGUCCACUGAGAGCGGCACAGCAGCAGCUCAGGCGGCCGACGAUGACGAUGAUGUGCCCGACUUGGUGGGCGACUUCGAUGAGGUGGCCAAGCAGGAGGCAGCAGCUGUUGGUAAGGAACAGCAGCAAAAGCCUGCCACAGAGAAGCCCCAGGAUGCAAAGAAGUCGAACAAGCAAGCGGACAACAAGCAAUCACAGCAGCCCAGCAAACAGGAGCGCAAGAAGCAGCAGCAGCAGCAGCAACAGAAGCAGCAGCAGCAACAGCAACAGCAGCAGGGAAAGGGACACAAGGCUUCGCCACCAAAACAGCAACCAGCUGGUACUAAAAUGAAUCCUCAACAACAGCAAAAGGCUGGUGGACAGAACGAUGGCAAACCGAAGACGCCAGCAAACACGCCCAAUUCGCAGGCCUCGCCCAAGGCGUCGCCAUCGCCUAAAGCGGGUGCUUCGCCCAAGACGGCCUCCCCUAAGGCAGGCACACCAACGACCCCCACUGCAGCUCCCGGCGGUGGCGCCAAUUAAAUAUGAUUUCAGUGCAUUUU